AGAAGCCACAGAGGGCCUGAUGAAUCUGAGUCCUUCUGCCAUGAAGAACCUCCUGCACCACAUCCUCAGUGGCAAAGAGUUUGGAGUGGAACGAAGUGUUCGUCCCAUUGAUUCAAAUGUGAGUCCUGCUAUUUCCAUCCAUGAGAUCGGUGCUGUUGGAGCAACAAAAACAGAACGAACUGGAAUCAUGCAGUUAAAAAGUGAGAUAAAGCAGGUGGAAUUUCGUAGACUGUCUGUCUCUACUGAGAGUCAGACCAGUGGUGGUCAUCCCUCUGGUGUAGAUUUGAUGUCACCGUCCUUUCUGUCACCUGCAGCCUGUAUUGCUGCAAGUAGUGGAUCCUUUUUUACUGUGGAUGGUCAACAGACAUCUAAAGAUAGUCGUCAAGGUCAAUGGCAACGGCGGAGAAGACUAGAUGGAGCACUAAAUAGAGUACCAAUCGGAUUUUAUCAAAAAGUAUGGAAAAUUUUGCAAAAAUGUCAUGGACUUUCUGUGGAAGGUUUUGUUCUUCCUUCUUCAACCACAAGGGAGAUGACCCCAGGCGAGAUUAAAUUCUCUGUCCAUGUGGAGUCUGUCCUGAAUCGUGUACCUCAACCAGAGUACCGCCAGCUUCUGGUUGAAGCUAUCCUUGUCCUUACCAUGCUGGCAGAUAUUGAAAUUCAUAGCAUCGGAAGCAUCAUUGCUGUGGAAAAAAUAGUACACAUUGCCAAUGACUUGUUCCUUCAAGAACAGAAAACCCUUGGCGCAGAUGACGUCAUGUUGGCAAAGGAUCCUGCAUCUGGCAUCUGUACUCUUCUGUAUGACAGCGCACCCAGUGGCAGAUUUGGCACAAUGACCUACCUCUCCAAGGCAGCUGCUACCUACGUGCAGGAGUUUCUGCCACACAGCCUCUGUGCCAUGCAGUGAGGGCUGUGGGUUCUGGCUGCUGGAAUCCUUUCAGCAUCUGGUCCCUGUGUUGGUUGAUUGUGCAUGGAACUGAAAUGUUAACACCUGACCACUCUCCAUCCCUCCCAAGAAGAGAGAACUUUGCUGAUAAUCUCACUACUUUUGAAGAAAAGAACCCUCACUUGGAGACUCACUCCAGUGUAAAGGUUCAACUGGGUCUACAAUCACUAUCCUUGCUUCUUUUAUGGUUCAGAAAUGUCUGCAUGUGUUUUUACUCUGUAGAACUGUUACCAGCUUUGUUUUCUAACUCCUUUUGAGGAACAGGUAUUAAUAAGUUAUUCUGAAGACCUUAUUCUUAUUUCUGGGCUUCCUUUCUUUUUUGUGUAUAUGAGUGGUAGGUCUUAAUUGGGUCAUUAUUUCAAGAGAGUAGAUGCUAAAUUGUUGGAUUUUAUACUGCUGUAAUUUUGAAAUGUCUAUUUUAAGUGCCUUAAGAAACACCAACACCAGAUCAUGGCUUCCUUCUUCACUCGAAGGCUGAUUCAUUUUGAGUGGUGAAAUAGUUUCUUUGUCAAAUAUUGCCUUUUGAUGUUGACCUUUCUAUAUCUGCCCAUGUUGCCUGCUCUGUGGUGAAAUAUUAAAAAGUGUAAGCUCACAUGUAAGUUUAAGGAUUUCUAUGUUAAUACUUGAAGUCACAUUUUAUGAGGACUGAUGCUACCAGGCACAUAUUUGAGGACACAUGGAAUAACCCAGAAAAAAAUGGAGCCAGGAGCCCAAUUCCAGAGAGGAAGGGAAAGGGGAGGUUAUGCAGGUGGUGCUUUACACACAGGGAGUCAAGAGACCACCAGAGGCAAGUAGGUUAAUCCUUGCUGGAGCACAGCCCACAUACAACACAGAGAAUAACUGAAGCCUUGAGCAAAGAGAAACCCAGCAGUCCAGUCGGAGCACCUCUUUCCUGUUCUUUUGUUCUCCACCUCACCUAUUCA